GCGAUGGGGCGAAUCCCCCACAGACCAGGCGGCCCUUGGCCGGGGAUUCUCCUGGCAGCCUCCGUCCUGGGCUCCUGCCUCCAGCUGACCCUGGCCCAGACCCCAGUGACCAUCGUCCCGCCGAGCACGGUGCAGAUACGGAGCCCGACUAGCCGUGUCCUCGCCACGGUGGUUCUGCGCGGCUCUGAAAUCCUGCCCAAGCCCACGGUGACACCCAGACAAAUCCAGGUGCUGGAGAAUGGGACCUUCACCCUCAGGUGUAACAGCUCCCCCAGCGCCAACACCGUGCUCUGGCUCCAGGACGGGGUGUCCCUCGCGCCCAGUGACCGGCUGGUGCUGUCUCCUGACAACCGGACCCUCACGGUGCUGGGUGUCACCCGGGGCGACGCCGGGACCUACCAGUGCGAGGUCAGGAACCCCGUCAGCACCAACCGCAGCGAGAACAGCACCGUGACACUGGCCUAUGGGCCAGACUCUGCCAGGAUAGACCCGCCAGGACCCAUCGGCCUGACCCUCGGGUCCCCUCUGACCCUGACGUGCGUCGCCAACUCCGUCCCAGCCCCGAGCUAUCGCUGGGUUCUCAACGGCACCGACACUAAGGAGACCGGGAGCAGCUUGACCUUUAAGCUCACGACCUGGGCUCAGCAGGGCACGUACGAGUGCCGGGCUCACAACCCCGUCACCGGCCGCACUGCCUGGGCGUCUGUCGCCGUGCGGGUGACAGGGACGGACUCUCGCUGCCGGAACGAGACCCCCAGGGAGAACGAGGCACCCGUCCCGGUGUACGAGAACCUGCCCCCUACAGCUGGGGCGGGGCCAGUGGCCCAGCCCGGGAGUCCCCCUGACCCCAGCCCCACGUACCAGACGCUGCAGCCCCGACAGCCGGACGUGUACGAGGAGCUGAAGAAGUGACGCCCCCUCCUGCCCCCGGGGCCUGCUGGGAGGGGCCCGGGGCAUGCUGGGAAAUGCGCGUCCCUGAGCCUGGGUCCCGACGUCCCGUCGAUGACGCGUUAAAGGGCAGGAACAGUCACCGCCCGGCCCGGCGGUCCGUCCGUCCGUCUGUCCAUGCUGCUCCCUGGGCCCAUCACCGCAGCGUCUGGGCCCCUGCGAGGAAAUCAGAAAGUCGGCGCCUGUGACUGGCUCUGGCUCCGUUGUGCCCAGCACAGGAUUGGGCUGGUGACGUCUCACGACCAAACACCCCCGGCCUGGGGCACGUGCCCUGUUCUCUGCCCGCCUGACCUGGGCCUGGCGCUCUGUGUCCCACACCAGGCCGCGGGAGCUCCCCACUGCACGGAGGGGCCCGGGCGGCUCAGUGACCGGCCUGGUCCCACGGGGAGACUGUGGGGCUGCAGGGACUCAGACCUGGGUCUCCCCAGUGCCCGGCUGGUGCCCAAACUGGGGCCAGGGGUCCCUGCCCAGGGCUUCCCCCCACCCUCCCCCCAGUGCCCGGCCCCACGUCUUCCCCUCCCGGGGGCAGUUCUCCCCUGCAGAGCUGUGAGCAGCGACGCCGACC